UGCCAAAGUCAAUUGCUACACAAAUUUUAGUACUAAUCACUCGUUAGAUUUGUAUUAGGCUGUAGCCUAUAUUCGAUUUUGAAACCAGCAAUUUGUGGUGAAAUUUUAAAAACACAACUAUGGGCAAAGGAUAUAAUAACUAUAUGUGCAAGAAACCUUUUCAUCCAGGGUCCAAAGCAAAUAUUAAACGAGCAUGGAUGGCUGAACAGAAAACUGAAAAUGAAAAGAAAAAACAAGAAGAGCUAAAAACUCAGUAUGAAAAAGAACAAGAUUUAUACAACAACAGAGCAUUGCUGAGCACUGAAAGUAAGGAUAAACUUGAGCUGAACUUUAUGUAUGAAGCUCCUCCUGGUGCUAAAAGAGAACGUCAGAAAGAAGAUGACGAGCCCGAGUACAAAUUUGAAUGGCAAAGAAAAUACAAUGCUCCAAGAGAAGACUAUGCUAAAGGAAAUGCAGACAUUAAAGAUCAACCAUUUGGAAUUCCUGUGAGGAAUGUAAGGUGCAUAAAAUGUCAUAAGUGGGGUCAUAUAAAUACAGAUAAGGAGUGUCCACUAUACAGUCAAGCUAGUACUUCCGCUAUGCCUACAACAUCAAUGGACCCCAUGGAACUAAUGAGACAGAUGAGAGAAGAUGGUUAUGGUUUAAAAGAAAAUGUUCUUGGCCACCACUUAAAUCCAAAAGCAGCCAAUCAGCAAUUUCUCUCCAGUGGUGAAGAAAGUGAUCCUGAAAUGGAAUUUUUAAAAUCUUUAACAACAGCUGAGAAAAAGAAGUUAUUACGAAAAUUAAAAAAGCUGUCUAAGAAGAAAGACAAAAGCACAAAUUGUAAGAAAAAGAAAAAUAGGAAGUCUAGGAAAUCAAAACACUCCAGUGACUCAGAACCUGGAGGGAAAAAAAAGUGCAAGAAAUCGAAGAAAACUGCUAAUGAUUCUGAUAGUAACUCAUCUAGUAAUGAAAAUGAACCAAAAUCUAAGAGGGGAAGGCUGCAUAAAAAGUCAAGUGAGGAAAGGGCUAAAAAGUUAAAGAAAAGAUCAAAAAGUGAAUCUUCAUCAAGUAGUGGAAGUGAAUCUGAAGAAGAGACACAUUUAGAGGAGAGAAAAUUCUCAAAAAAGAAACAUUCAGAGGAGUCAGAAAGUGACAGGAAAGAUAUUUCAGGGAAAUCUGAUAAGCUAUCACAUGCUAAGAGCUCCAUAAAAAAUGAUCAGUGUGAAAAAAGUGAAAAGAAACUGUUAAAAGACAGCAUAAAAUCUCAUUAUGACUUAUCUACAAAAAUGGAAAGAAAAUAUCAAGAUAAAGAAAAAGCUUACAGAAAGGAUUCAGAACCAAGUUCCCGUGAAAAAUACGUUAAGUCUUCAAAUCACAAUAAAGAUAAUUGUACAGUAAAACCUAAAAGCUGCAUUUCUUCAAACGCUCAUCAGCCAGAUGUAGACAAACAUAAUGACAGAAACGAAAGUGGAAACCAAAAACAAAAAUCUGACCGAGUCUCGGACUCAGAUCAACCCAAUAAACGAAGGAAAAAUGUUUCGGAAUCUGAUCCGUCUGUGCAUGAAGGCAAAAAGAAUACUAAGAACGAAAAGUAUGACCAUCCUGAUGGUUUUAGCCACUUAAAUCCUCAAGCAGUUGUGAAAUCAAACUAUGUACAGGCUGCAAAAGAAUAUGAAGGAAUGUUUGAUGAUAAAUUUCGAUCCUAUUACAGAGAUAAAAGAUCUCCAUCUGUUAAACAGAAGUACAAAAAGUAAAAAGUGAAGGGAAAAUGAUCAUAUUUGUAAAUAAACUAUUACAUUUCUGUAUUAGAAGAAUUAUCAUUCAUUAAAAAUUGAAAAAUCAUGCAGAUCAUGAACAUUCUGCUGUUUUCAGUAACUAGGAAUUGGAAUGUGUUCCUCAUUGG